AGUAGGUGAGCAGCCACCCGGGACCUGCUUCCAUUUUUCCUGACACUUGGCUUUUGAAAGAGAGGGAACCAAGCGGGGAAAAGUAGGAUGGGGGCCGGAGCCAGCGCCGAAGAGAAACGCUCCAGGGAGUUGGAGAAGAAGCUGAAGGAGGAUGCAGACAAGGAUGCAAGAACUGUGAAGCUGCUACUACUAGGGGCUGGAGAAUCAGGCAAGAGCACCAUUGUCAAACAGAUGAAAAUUAUCCAUAAGGAUGGUUACUCGCUUGAAGAAUGCUUGGAGUUCAUCACCAUCAUUUACAGCAACACUCUGCAGUCCAUAAUGGCAAUCGUGAAGGCUAUGAACACUCUUAACAUUAACUUUGGCCACUCUGAUCAGCAGGAUGAUGCCAGGAAACUGAUGCAUCUUGCAGAUACCAUUGAGGAAGGAACGAUGCCCAAAGAAAUGUCAGACAUCAUCCUGCGUCUGUGGAAGGAUUCUGGCAUCCAGGCUUGCUUUGACAGAGCCUCAGAGUAUCAACUCAAUGACUCAGCUGGAUACUACCUUAAUGACCUGGAGCGACUGGUUCAACCAGGCUAUGUGCCCACUGAGCAGGAUGUGCUACGUUCAAGAGUGAAAACCACUGGUAUCAUUGAGACCCAGUUCUCCUUCAAAGAUCUAAACUUCAGAAUGUUUGAUGUUGGCGGCCAGAGGUCAGAGAGGAAAAAGUGGAUUCAUUGUUUUGAAGGUGUCACCUGUAUCAUCUUCAUUGCUGCUUUGAGCGCCUAUGACAUGGUGUUGGUGGAGGAUGACGAAGUGAACCGGAUGCACGAGAGUCUGCACUUGUUCAACAGUAUCUGCAACCACCGCUACUUUGCAGCCACCUCCAUUGUGCUCUUCCUCAACAAGAAGGAUGUGUUCAUUGAGAAGAUCAAGAAAGCUCAUCUCAGCAUGUGCUUCCCAGAGUAUGAUGGCCCCAACACUUAUGAGGAUGCUGGUAACUACAUCAAAAUGCAGUUCCUGGACCUGAACCUGCGCAGAGACAUCAAAGAAAUCUACUCGCACAUGACCUGUGCUACAGACACAGAAAACGUCAAGUUUGUGUUUGAUGCUGUAACCGACAUCAUCAUCAAAGAAAACCUGAAAGACUGCGGUCUCUUCUAAGAGCCCAGCCAGGAAACCAAAUUAAGUGUAGUGUCUUAGCCCUGUCACAUUCCACAGAGUCCUCCACAAUUUAAACAUGGGGAAUGAAGAAUGAAACUGUCCCAGCAAAGAGCCAUCCUAAAACCAGUGAAUGCACAACAAAAAUAAAAUUACAUUUGCUGUGUUAAAAAUCAAACCUGCAGCUUUGACCAAAGACUCCUUGUCACUGAGACAUGGAACGAAUCUUGUGCAGAUCUCA